AUGACUCCCAAGAAGACUGCCGCUCCCUUCCUAUGGUUUUCCUUUUGCUUUGGAAAUAUCCUGGAGGCAGUGGUGCUUGGAUCGGUGCAGUACCCCUCCGGCGCGCCUGAUAACGGACUCCGCUCACAUCUGGAUGCGCGCGGUCCAGGGGAAAGCAGCGCAAUCUCCCGGAACGACUCAACAUCUGUUCAUGUCCCAUCUUACAUGAUCUCUCUGUACAGGACUCUAUCUGAACUGGACAGACGAGGAAAUAACAGCAGCCUAACGCGCACCAGAAGAUAUGCCAAUACGGUCACCAGCUUCGUGGACCUGGGGCAAGAUGAUCCAUCUCUGAAGUUGCACCAGCAGUACACCUUCGAUCUGUCUGGUCUGUCACGAGGAGAUGAAUUGAUGGAGGUGGAGCUACGGGUUCUGAGGAGGCGUCCAUCUGACGUCUUAAGUUUACUUUCCAAUGGUGGGAACCUAUAUCGAUUACUCCUCCACACCUGCUCCGGUUUGGGAUCUGAGCAGCCUCUGCUCCUUACCUCCAGGACCAUUGAUCUCCUAGAUAGCACUUCAGCCACGUGGGAUGUGUUUGACGUUGGUGAGAUUGUGAAAGCGCACCUCAGGUUGCACAGGAAAACAGAAGGCGGCAGGCAUUUGUGUUUUAGCGUAGCCGUUGUUUCUGAAACAAAUAACAUAGCGGUGCGUCCCUCACUUCUGGGUCUCGGCCACAAGGAUCGGCAAACCAACGAAAGGGCCUUGCUGGUGACUUUUUCCCGGGCGCGUAGGAAGGAGAACCUUUUCAGGGAGAUCCGUGAGAAGAUCAGGGUUAUGAAAAGUCAUACGUUUCCGGUCCACGGUAUAAAGGAGGGUCACCCCAGACAUCGAAGGAGGAGAAGGAUGACGCUACCGGGACGUUCUGGUGGAGCAGGUCCAAGCGGUAGUGGGGGUGGAAAGGGAAGUGGAAGGAGGAGAACGCGGUGCAGCAGGAAACCUCUUCACGUGAACUUCAAGGAACUGGGUUGGGAUGACUGGAUUAUCGCGCCGCUGGAUUACGAAGCGUAUCACUGCGAGGGCUUGUGCGACUUUCCGCUGCGUUCACAUUUGGAGCCGACCAACCACGCCAUCAUCCAGACGCUUAUGAACUCUAUGGAUCCGGAGUCCACGCCUCCUAGCUGUUGCGUACCUUCCAAACUCAGUCCGAUUAGCAUCCUGUACAUCGACUCUGGAAAUAACGUUGUUUACAAACAGUACGAGGACAUGGUGGUGGAGAGCUGCGGGUGCAGGUAGCAAUGUGAGUAAGGGGUGAACUACCCCUGGACUUUAUCCAAGAGCCGCCUCGUAUGAUGAGGCCAAGCACGGCAUUGUGGGCAAGACGGACUCAGAAUGCCUAUCUGUGUGUAAAGGUGUGUCAACAAAUGUGUGAAUGUUCAAAUGGCGAUAAGACAGACAAUAAGGCGAACCGGGGCACGUGUGUGUCACUAGAGCCAAAAUUUCCUUACAACACCAAAUAAACAACUCCUUAACUAAAAUAAAAUUAUAUUCUGUUAAUGUAAAUUAAGUGUUAAAGGAUUCGUACAACACUGCCACAGUUUAGACCUGCAAUUUGUCAGCAGUGGCACACAAGUUUAAUACAUUUACGCAUCUGGCAGGCGCUUUUAUCCAAAGCGACUUAGCGUGUAUUACAAGGUAUACAUUUUUAUCAGCAUACUGAAUCUCUGGGAUCAAACCCAUGACCGUCUGUGCUGCUAAUGCAACUCUCUACCAAUUGAGCUACAGGACACACCUUAAUACAUAACCACAGUGGUGUUUUGCAUAAAAAGUCAGUCUAUAAUUAAAAUGACAAAGCUCUUACCCAGAGAGCACCAGACUGCGGGCCGGAUCCGAAUUGGAUCCGCACCGGAGCUGCCGAUUUUGGCACGGAUUUGGUGCAGUUCUGGCCCCGAGUCGUCUGCUGUCUGGACAUGGAUUUGUUAUAGUGCCUCUGAAGGAAGCAAAAAAUCUUGUUGCCUUAAUCAAAUGUGACUUUGAGUGGAGUUUAGCUCCAUUCUUACCUUCUAAAUACACAAUAUGGUUUCCCUUUCAGAGUCAAGAGAGACAUUUGAUGAUUUAUUGAACGUGACAGAAUUUUAUAUCAAGAUAACCCACCAACACCUAAUGCUCUCAAGAGUUAAAAUCUGGCAGCGCUUUCCAGCGUAUAGCAUUCGGCGAGCCCAGAAUAAUAUCAAAUAAACCUUAAAGGCCAGGUGCAUGAUUUUUGAAAAACACUUUGGGAGUCGGGCCGACUAUCAAAACACUCUUGUAGCCAAUCAGCAGUAAGGGGCGUGUCUACUAACCAACAUCUGGGUUGCGUAUGUGUGGGGCGGGUCUAUCAAAAAAAGGUUCAGAUUCUAUUGGGGUAGGGGCGUGUUUGUUUAGGUGAUUUCAAAUGUUAACAUUGGCUUUCAGAAAUCAUGCACCCCGCCUUUAAGAGAGUGUUUAGUAUAUCAUUAUGUAAUUUAACUUUAAAGCUAUUUUAUUGGGAGGGGAAACACACUUUUUACACGUCUUAAUGACACCUGAUGUUGGCUUAGUAUGCUGGAUAAUACAAGGUAUGUGCAAUGUGUGCAAGAUAAAUGAGAUCAUUGCAUUGUGCGACCUCUGACCUUAUUCUGCGAGAGACGUUUUAGAGCCAAAAUCAAAAUGAUUGUUGUCAUUUUGCUCCCCAUGACCCACUUUCAACGU